UCGCCUACUUCCGGCUCUGCUGCCACACGGUUCUCGCCCUACUCCUAGUACAGGGAGGAAAGGCGCGCGCGGGUAGGCGGGAAACAGCUCAGCCCCGAACAAAAGGCUGGGGAAGCGGCCCCUCAACUGCAGGCCUGUGCUAGCCGCACCGCGCGGAGCUUGGGGCUAGCGGGGAAGGGCGAGGACACUGUUUCCCCUCGGAUCCGCCCCUUGUCGCGCACCUGGUGUCACCAGCGCUCCUGGGCCACUACCCAAAGGCUGCGGCACCCUCGAAUUAUUUAACAUGGAAGAAGAUGAGUUCAUUGGAGAAAAAACAUUUCAACGUUGUUGUGCAGAAUUCAUUAAACAUUCACAACAGAUAGGUGAUAGUUGGGAAUGGAAACUAUCAAAGGACUGUUCUGAUGGCUACAUGUGCAAAAUACACUUUCAAAUUAAGAAUGAGCCUGUGAUGUCACAUCCAGAGACAUUUACUCAUGGACAGACAUGUCUUCCCAUGGAGGAGGCUUUUGAGCUACCCUCAGAUGAUUGUGAAGUGAUUGAAGCUCCAGCAGCAUCCCAAGUGAUUAAAUAUGAGUAUCAUGUCUUAUAUUCCUGUAGCUACCAAGUGCCUGUACUUUACUUUAGGGCAAGCUUUUUAGAUGGGAGACCUUUAACUCUGAAGGACAUAUGGGAAGGAGUUCAUGAGUGCUAUAAGACGCGACUGCUACAGGGACCAUGGGAUACUAUUACACAACAGGAACAUCCAAUACUUGGGCAACCCUUUUUUGUACUUCAUCCCUGCAAGACGAAUGAAUUCAUGACUCCUGUAUUAAAGAAUUCUUGGAAAAUCAAUAAGAAUGUCAACUAUAUCACAUCAUGGUUGAGCAUUGUAGGGCCAGUUGUUGGGCUGAAUCUACCUCUGAGUUAUGCCAAAGCAACCUCUCAGGAUGAACGAAAUGUCGAUUAACAAGUCUCCUACCAAGUUACUUAGGACACGGAUCCCCAAUCCCCCAGCCAGCCAGGGUCCACAGUCAGGCCUCACAGCAGGAGGUGACCAGUGUCUGGUGAGCAGGCAAGCGAGCAUUACCACCUGAGUUCUGCCUCCUCUCACAUCAGCUGCAGCAUUGGGUCCUCAUAGGAGUGUGAACUCUAUUGUGAACUGCGCAUGCGAGGGAUCUAGGUUGCACGCUUCUUAGGAGACUCUAACCAAUGCUUGAUGAUCUGAGGGGAACAGUUUCAUCCCGAAACCAUCUCCCACUCGGUCUGUGGGAAAAUGGUUUUCCCUGAAACCGGUCCCUGGUGCCAAAAAGGUUGGGGCCCACCAAUCCAGAAAUAUUUUACUUUGCUAUAAGUAGCAUGCAUUCAAUGACAAGAGUGGAUGAUUUCCUUUUAGUACUGAUAUUCUUAAAUAAGGCUGUACUGCUCAGUCAAUCUUCUUUUAUUCUGUUGGCUUUUGUUUUAUAUUCUUCAGAUUCUUCUAUUGAGCUUAGAAAUUGUGGCACAAAGAACACCAAGAGUUUACCUGGCCAGUCCUGGCUUUAAUAGGACCAAUAUCAUGGAAUAUUUCAUCUUACCAAGAUGCGAUAUGGCUUAUUUUUCCUUUGGAUGCAAAUGUCUGCAGCAACUGAUAUUUGAUAGACUGAGUGUUUAGAAGAAACACUUCAAAGAUGUAAAUCAUGGACAGCCGUGGUAGCUCACACCUGUAAUCCAAGCACUUUGAGAGGCCAAAGUGGGAGCAUCACUUGAGCCCAGGAGUUCGAGACCAGCCUGGGCAAAAGAUUUUGUUCAAACCCUGUCUGUACAAAAAUACAAAAAUUUCCUUAUUAUGGUGAUGUGCGCCUAUAGUCCCAACUACUCAGGAGGCUGAGGUGGGAGGUUGGCUUGAGCUCAGGAGGCAGAGUUUGCAGUGAGCUGAGAUUGUGCCACUGCACUCCAGCCUGGGUGACAGAGCCAGACCCUGUCUCAGAAAAAAAAAAAAAAAAAAAAAGACACAAAUUACUAUAAAUAGCAAAAAAUGAGUUUAACUUACUGAUACUAGGAGUGCCAACAUUUCUCUUGCAGGUUAUUCUUUUCUAGGCCAAGUAGUUCACUUCCAUUUGUCUAAUACGGAGACUGAGGGAGAAAUGUAUUUGUGUGUUCAUUUUAAUGUAAGAUAUACAAAAAUUAAAUUACUGGAUUUACAUGUUCCUGAAACUGGUUUUAUAAACAUGACAUAUCUUAAAUGAUUCUCCCACAAUCAAACUCAGGAACAAUAGAUUAUUUCUGUUUUACUCCAAGAGAGAGAGAGAGAGAGAGUGUGUGUGUGUUUGUGUGUGUGUAUGUAUGUGUGGGUGUUUGUGUAGACAUACAGAUAGAUUUAGAAGAAAGAAAAAAACGCAGUGUUUUACUGUGCGAUAAGUUGUUUUACCAGCAAAGUGUGGCAUAGUAAUUGGAAGUUUUCUAAAAAGCUAUAGGAAAUAUUUAAACAUUAAAAUUUCUUUUUGACCUAUAGUAAUAAAACAAUGGUAAUUCUCUCCCUCUACUUGUCAACCCCAUAGCUGCUCUGCCGUACUCUUUGAGGGCUCUUGAGCAAAUCUUCAUGUCCCUGAGACUUAUUUUCCUCAUCUUUAAUUUGAAAAUAACAAGCUACCUCAUAGGGUUGCUGUGAGAACCACAUGAGAUCAUUAAUGCAUGAUAAGAUAUUGCAAAGUAUUAUACAAAUAUUCAUUAAAUCCUUACCUUUCUUGUAUAUAAUUGGUGUUCACUCAGGCUGUAAAUAAGUUUUAUAGCCAGUUAGGUAUUAAGAUAAACCCAACCUGGAAAAAUGU